GGACUAAAUUUAAUUAAACUUCAUAGUAAAAUAUAUAGCAAUUGUGAUGGGCAUAACCGGGCUGAUACCGUUUUUGGAAAAGGCAUCAGCCAAGGUGAACUUAAAAGACUUGAGAGGUAGCACUGUUGCCGUCGACAGUUACUGUUGGCUGCAUAAAGGUGUCUUCAGCUGUGCCGAAAAAAUUGUACGCGGCGAAGAUACGGAUCUUUACGUACAGUAUUGCAUGAAAUUUGUCCAAAUGCUGAUGUCCUACGAUAUCAAGGUGAUUCUGGUAUUCGACGGACAACAUUUGCCAGCCAAGGCACUCACUGAGCAGCGGCGCCGCGAAUCGCGUCAACAGAGUCAGAAACGGGCCAAAGAACUGUUGAGGCUAGGCCGUGUAGAAGAGGCACGCUCUCAGAUGCGUCGUGGUGUCGACGUUACACACGAGAUGGCGCUGCGGCUCAUACAAAGGUGCCGUGAGCGCAACGUCGACUGCAUUGUGGCGCCCUAUGAGGCCGAUGCACAAAUGGCGUGGCUUAACAAGGCGGGCAUAGCUGAGUAUAUCAUAACUGAGGACUCGGAUCUGACUCUCUUUGGUGCAGAGAAAGUUAUAUUUAAGUUGGAUCUCAAUGGUAACGGUUUGCUGGUCGAAGCCGACAAGUUUCAUCUGGCUAUGGGCUGCUCGAAGGAACGCUAUCAUUUCGAAAAGUUUCGUCGCAUGUGCAUCUUAUCGGGCUGUGAUUACCUGGACUCUCUGCCAGGCAUUGGCCUGGCGAAAGCGUGUAAAUUCAUACUGAAAACGGAGCAGGACGAUAUGCGGAUAGCACUGAAGAAAAUACCACAAUAUCUGAAUAUGCGUAAUUUGGAGGUUGAUGAUGAUUACAUAGAAAACUUCAUGAAGGCAGAGGCGACAUUCAAGCACAUGUACAUCUACAAUCCACUGGAGAAACGUAUGGAAAGACUUCACGCCCUAGAGGAUUAUGAAACGGACGAACGCUAUUGCAGCAAUGCGGGCUCAUUGCUAACAGACAGCGAAAAGGCAAUGCAGUUGGCAUUGGGCAAUCUAAAUCCCUUUACUCUCAAGACCUUGGAUAACUGGCAUCCGGAUCAGGCUACACAGCUUGCCACUAAAGCGGCGUCAGCAAAUGCCAUUAAGCGCAGCAAGCACAAAAGUAUUUGGCAAAAGGAAACCAAGGAAACUCUACAGGAACUGAAGCAAACCAGUUGCGCCCUGUACUUCAAGAAAAUCGACUUUGUGGGCCAGAAUAUACAGGCUGAGAUCGAAGCCAAUCAACGGCAGGAGCAAGCAAAGCCCACAGAGGCUGAACUGAUAAAUGUUUACAGCUUUAAGGGCAAACGUAAACGCAGCCCUAGCCGGAGUAACAGUCAGAGCACACCCCCAUCUUCGCCUGUACAGAGUAAAAGUCGCCACAACCCUUUUGCCAAGGAGUCACUACAACGCCCGCCUGCCGUCUGUGAAAACGCAUCAUUGCUGCGCCUGAUGAGCCCUAGCAAAUGCAGUCCCCUGAAGUCAAUGGAGCAGUCCAGAGUUAAUCCCCCGAAGCGCUGCAAUUUGACCGAGGUGCUAGAACAGGUAGAGGUACGCAGUCGAUUCUUCAGUGCUCGCAUCUCGGAAACUGAGCGAAUGCCAAGGGUACCUAAAGAACAACUGUCAGACGAGAAGCAGCUACAGGCGCAGGCAGUGGAGCGGGAAAAUGAACAGCCAGUGGUGCAGGAAAAGAUGCAGCCAGAGCAGCCAAACGAACAGCCGAGGGAAGCUAACAUUCCAGAACUGGACGUGGAGUCCACAACCACCUCAGCAACAACUGCUAGUAACGAAGACAUUCUUCUGCUAUCCUCGGACGAUGACAGCGCUCCGCUGCCGCGCAUCCAGGCGCAAGCAAAGCCACAGCUAAAAUUGGCACCCGUUGCUAGGCGCGUCGGUCUGUCCAAGCCAAAGGCGAAGGGGCGUACCAAGUCGGUGCCGAUCAGCGAGAAUCAGACAAAGUUAAGCAUGUUUGGCUUUCACAAGCCACGCCUACUCAAAUAACCUGCCCUAUAUCCAUUUGUAUCGUGUAGUAAUUGUUAAUCAAGUGCCAUCAAUUUGUUAUAAGUUAAUUUAUUGAAAUAUUAAGCUGACUAAGGCUGUACUCGCAAACACUGC